AUGGGACUCACCGAAUUCUUCCAGUAUCUAUACCGUUUCGUCGACUCCUUUCUGAACCACCUGCUCGCAAAAUGUCACUUAUCCGCAAACGGGGAAUAUGGGUGGAAGUCCCUUGACCGCAAGACCGGCAAGCUCAUGCGCGAGCAACAACCCCUAACCAAGAAGAUCAAACUGCUACUGCUCUUCAACCCACUUACCGAAUGGAUCGACACGACGCAUCUAAUGCGGCUCUGGAUCCACAACAAGUCCGUCCGGAAGGGCGAGGAAGAAGGCACACCGGCCUCGCAUAGUCAAAUCCGGACUUUUGUCGACACGUACGGAAUCAACAUGUCUGACUUCGAGCCCUCGGACAUCGAGCAAUACCGGACUUUCGAAGACUUCUUCGUGCACACGCAUCGCCUGGGAUCACGACCUAUUGAAGCCCCGGAUGAUCCCGCGGGAGCCGUCGUGGUUGCCGACUCGCGUGUCGUGGUGUACGACUCCGUAGCUGAGGCCAAGAAGCUGUGGAUCAAAGGCACUGACUUCACCAUCACGAAUCUGGUCAUGGAUGUACAGCUUGGGAAGCACUUCACCGACGCAGCCGUAGCCAGUUUCCGGUUGUCGCCGCAGGACUACCAUCGGUAUCACUCGCCCGUAACGGGCUCUAUUAAGGCCUUCCGCAGCAUCCCUGGAGACUACUACCAAGUCGAUCCGAUCGCGCUGCAGAGCGGUGUGAACAUCCUCACAUCAAACGCCCGCAGUUACCUCGUUAUCGAGACGGAGCAAUUCGGCGACGUGCUAUUCGUAGCUAUCGGUGCCACUGACGUCGGAACCGUACGUAUCCACGGGAAAUUCCAGAAGCCUGGCACCGGGAUCAAAAAGGGGGAUGAAAUCGGCUACUUCCAGUUCGGCGGAUCUUCCAUCAUCGUCGCCUUCCAAAAGGGGGCGAUUAGAUUCGACCAGGAUCUGCUGGAUCUCAGUCGGCAGAAGAUACAGGUUUCAGUUGAAGUCGGGAUGAGCCUAGGACGGGCCAAUCCCCUAAAUAAGAAGUUAUCUUGA